CAAAUUACAUAAAAUCGAGCUGUGUAUGAUCAAUCAAUCAAAAUGCCAUAACAAAGCUAUUUAAGCGGAAUCACAAUUUUUACACAUAUUUUGCAAUGCAUUCCAAUUCGGUAAUCUUAUCCGAAAUUAUAGUUAUUUAAUUAUGUAAGGUCAUUAAAUUAGUAGUAAGUACGCAACUACGCAUCAAACAAAUUGAGUACACCAUGGAUCACUAUCUGACAAUAUACAGAAAGGACUAUCUUUGGCCCAACUUGCCUGGCUCCACGCCAGGCCUGGUGUCUAGGGGAGGACUCGCUGAGGUUCCAAAACUCUCCGGGCAAGAACUUGCUUUCUACCAAGCAUGCAUGCAGUACAGUCGGCCGCCAGACUGCAGAUGUCCCCAGUACUCUGGAGGAGAGAUGCCACAACUGCCUCCUGGGAAAGAAGGAGGAUGGAGUAGAAAUGAGAUCAUGGGGCAAAUGUUGGAUCCAAAACUUUAUCCAGUCCGUGUGGGAGCAGCCCCUGAAGCGCCAACGUCGCGUUACGACCAACCAAAUGCUUUCUUAGAUAAGCUCCAGUCCAAAUACCCGAUGCUGUAUAGCAUCCUACAGAACGAGGCCUCCCCUGAGCUGAAGCAGAGGAUAGAUCGUGAUCGAAAUAAAACUACUUACCAGGUGGACUACUGCGAGUCAGGUCCUGGCGCAAAGUUCGAUGGUCUCCAGAGAGCAGCAGAUGAGAGUGGCAUUGGGCCGUGUGCUCAACCAAUGCGGCUGCCCGGAGACCCUUGCAGAGUGGGUCCUAAACCCAGGAUGACGACCGCUAAGACGAUCUCGAAGCAGGGUGCUGCAACCGCUGGCAGUGAUCCGAGGGCGAAAUGCGAAACCACAUCAGCCACCCCACCGCUGGGCAAAUCUGAAUAUCAAGAUGGAGUAUCGAAACUCGGCGCUAUCAUCAUGAGGGACAAAAUACACAGGAGAUAAUAAAUCAUCGGCGAUAUUAUGUACGAAAUGUAAAUCAUGGAAUGAAAUAAAUGUGUCUACAUAGUAA